AUGCGCCAUCAUAUGUUCGGCGGUGACCUGUGGCUCUUCUCAGACUCGAGGCAGCCGUUCGAAGACCCGUUAAUUAUGCCAAACUGUCUCUUCGGCGCGUGCAACUGCCGAUUUGUCAUGUUGAUAUGUGUUUGUUCAGUAGGCGGUUGAGUUGUUUAAGGUUGUAAAAUAGGAGCAGCCAGUUUGAGGUAGUGAUAAUUUGUUACUAUUAUUUCUAGUUCCGUCUUGGUAAGCCUAAAGUUCUAAGAAAUAGUGAUCAUGAGCAAGGAAAUUGCUCUAAACAAAUAGAAAAAAAGGUUAGAUUGAUGGUUGAGUGAGUAAAACUACACGCAUUCUUGAAAUACUAAGACAUGGCAGAAACUAAUUUUGUGCUCAAUUUCCAAAAGUUAGAAAGACAUUAUCUUCUUUAUUUUCAUUGGACGAUUCUUAAAUUAAACAAUAUGAAUCGUUUCGAAAGGCAGAAAGAGAACUUAUGAUUAUAUAAAAAUGAAGAGUGCAGUAAAAAUCCUCCGCAACAUAGAGAAGUUUACAGAAGUGUUUUGGAUGAGUCAGUUUCAAACCAGACUUCAAUAAUUGAGCUUAUAUUCAACAAAUUACAGGAACUCUUUGAACUUGGCAGGCAAACUGAAGCUUAAGGAAGGGUACGGUAGUUCUAACCGACACUGAAGAAAAUUCAAAUUGAUGAUUCAUGAUGGAUGUACAAAAAAAGCUUGAAGCCAAAAAUGGAAAGUCGAGGAUAGAAAACAAAAGGCCGCGACGUUUCCAAAGAAGCGCCACCGAGAGCACAUGAGUAAUCCCCUUGGAGCAAGGCGAGGCGUCGGUGAUAAAUGGGUUUUCGCAUCGAAUAUCGUGCCCAAUGGCGAUGCAAUGAGCUAUGAGAGCAAAAGAGGCGUUUGUAAGAAACAAGACGGCACCGAAGACGGAUGUCUCUUUGAGUGGUGUUGAGGGCGGCGAGAAGAGCGGAAAGAUGGGCGUCGUUUCUGAAUAUGGUGGGUCCGCGAGAAAAAAACGGUGCCAGCUCUGAGUUCACGGAAUUUCGGAGGAAAGUUCAAUGAAAUCGAAAAUUACCUUUGCGAGCCAUUCGAAAAACUUUGUGUGAUUUCAUUGAUCGUUCAAGCUUUUUAAUAAUUUUAGCCGGUCAAAAAUAAACGCACGAAUGUACAGAGGAGAUUGAAUUUCCUUCUCAAAGUCUCGCUUAUGAAUAAAAUGUAAGUUGAUAAACAAAACGCUGAUUUUUAACUGACCGUCCACUAUUCAGUUUCCUGCAAAGAAACUUAUCGAUCCAGGCAGAAGCCAAAUGACUGGGAAUAUCCAACUUUCAUAAUUUUUCGAUCAAAACCCGACAAGAAAUGGUCUCCAAAAACCCGAAACAAAAAUGGGAAGUUUUUAUUACGCUGGAAAUCAUGAAAAGAAAAAAAUAUCUUCCAAACCAAUUUUUUGAGAAGUAUCAGUUUCGAUAUAGCAAUCAGUUACAAAGGUCACUUUUUGUCCUCAAUGACAGCUACUUUCUAUAUAUCGAAAUAAGCAUAAUUUCGUGAUGAAGACGUGGUCUUGAUUUUUUCCCACCGACUCAUAAACUACAAUAGUAACUAUGAAAAAGGAAAAAUUCAAAAAAUGUCGAUACAUCAAAAGUUAUCUAACACAUUUAAAGGUCUUUAACGAGCCCAUUUAAAGAAAAUGGGAAACGGUAUGGAUUGCGAGAAAUGACACCUUUGAAGUGUCCGGUGCCACGCUGUGCAAAUUUUUUCUUCCUUUUCUGUUCAACUUCUAAGAAAAAAGACUCAGAUGCUGGGCACCUGCAAAAAUUCCACACGUCUCUCCGGAAAAGUACAACGAUAUGAGCCGAGGGCGUCGAGAGAAAUGGUUAAUGGCCAUUUAUACAGCGGGAAGACAAUAAGGCGGUGUCCUUUAUCACGUCAUUCAGCGCGAGAAAAAUGCAAGUAUUGAGUAAAUAUUAGAAAAGAAGCAAACGAUUGAUUUGAAUAUUCCGGUGAAUGAUUCCAGAUAAAUCUUGUGAAAAUAAUCUCGUAGCAGAAGAAAACGUGAAAGGAUAAUUUAAAUGUUCUGAAUGAAUGAAAAAAUUCGAAAAGAGGAAAAUGAAUCAGUGUGAGAGUAUUUUUUUGCAAUUUGAAAAAAAUUAUCGUAAAAUUGAAAGUUAUAAAAAGUCAGAAAACAUUUGAAAAAUCGAAAAAAACUUUUUUUCAAAUCAAUCUAGGAAUUUGUUCUUAAUUCCUCGGAGAGGUUUGUAAAAAAAUCUUUCAGAUUAAAAACUUUUGCUCAUCAAAAAGCAUAAGAAAAAGCGGAUUUUCGAUUGAAAAAUUUGGACUCAGGUAUUUCAGAAAGACACAUUUUUUUCCAUAUCAAUCAAAUUUUUGGAAUGGUGAUAAAAAGUUAUUUCAGAAAAAAAUCCUUCAUUGAACUUUUGACAAAGAUUUCGUCUUCAAUUUUUUUAGAGCCAUUACUCACGCCUUGUAAAGAAAGUUUCUAUAAUCAUAGGUUAUUCGUUCAAUCGGACCACCUUCACAAAGCAUACAAGAUCAAUGUGUUCAGAAAUAACUCCUCCCCGAAAAUACAGCCGGAAGACAUACGGCUCUUUUGUCCAAACGAAUACAUGCCGCUCUCUGAAAUAUCGUGUCCUAGAGUAUUUCGGUUGACCACCAGCAUCCGAGGUCGUUCUCCCGCAUUUCUAUGUCCAAAGUGUCGGCCCAAUUCGAAAUCUUGGUCGUUUUCUAUUAGUUGAGCUCUUCGAAUAUAAUAUUUUUUUUUUCAAUUUUGAACUUACUACAUAAUUUUCUCUGUAGUGAAUUGGUUCCAUUAUCCAAACUUUUGGAUUGGAAAAGGUAAAAAGAGUUCGUAGGGUUUCGAGAACCUCAAAACGAAGACCCGAAGAAUCUACAGGUUAGUUUAAAAUUAUUUCAAUCUUGUUAAAAAAAAAAACGUAGUUUGAGCUUUGAUUGCACAAGGACAGUUGGUCUUCACGUUUUCUUCAAAAUAAAAAAAAAUUCGCAAUGAAGUUCCUAUCAAAGUUAUUCAAAUGGGGCUCAAACAAUAGAAAUAUUUCGUUUCUUAGGUUUUUUUCAAACUUCUCUGUAAAAAAAUCGCAGGACUUACUGAAGCAUCACAAUUUUUCGAAAAAAAGAAUCAGAUUCCUAACGAUUCUAUUAUGUACAACAAAGAGUGUUCCGGCCAAUUUGAACAAAAAAAAACAGAAACUAUGAUUCUGUGAUGAAAAAUCAUAUUUUCAAGAAUUUUACUUGUAGUUGAAUCAGGAACCGCCAAAAGUAUGGGCUCCGUUGAAUUUGGCGCAUCUGGAGAAUCACAGCUAAGAUGACGUGAUGGCAAGAAGACGUUGAUGACAGCUGAGACGGACGGCUCAACCAACAGUCCGUCCUUCUCGAAAGGCGCCCUCUUUUGUCCCGUUUCGACCAGCUGCCACUCCUAUAUCAUGCCUGAUCCGCGCUCCAACAACAGUCGCUGCUUUUCUUCUUCUUCUCAAUCUUUUCUCCUGACGUCCGCCACAUGGCUGUCUCAAUGUCAGUUUGGCACGUGUCUACUGUUAAAGGAAGCCAUUGCAACCUUGGAAAUAAGGAGUAGAUUCAAAUCUUUCAGGGGGAUGAUUUUUUUGAGAUUUCUACUCGCUACAAUAUUGUGCGUUCAACAGCUCGUUUCCGUGCAGUCACUAUCAAAAACCCAACUCAAGUUUUGAAAAAAAAGCCAAAAAAGUUGAUCGCUCUCGUUUUUGAAAUUUCAGGAGUUAGCGUCAGCAAAACUUGGGUUAGAUCUUUUUCAUUUCAUUCUUAAGAUGGGUUCGUGAAAAAUAGGCAGAAAAAUCAGCGGGAUGAGAAGAGUUAUACUGACAAAAAAACGACUUGAGAUCGAUGAAAAAAGCGGAAAAAAACUAAAGCAAGUUUGAUUUCGAAAAAAAGCAGAACAAGCAGUCUUCUGGAAAAACUCCAAAACGUUUCAGAAAGAUGUAAACCCUUACAAAAAACUUGUGACCGAAAGUUUCUUCGCAUCUUUUCAGACCGUAAUGUAUGUAUGUUACUUGCGAAACAUGGAGAGACCAAACUCGUACUCUCCUCAUUCUGCUCACUGUCUGAGGUUCUGCGGGCAGGUCUGUCGUUUCUUUUUUGAGAUGCGGGCAGGCAUAUUAUUUUCCCCCUGAGCUCAAAAAUUCGACUACGAAAAAAAUGACAGUUCACAUUAAAAGCCCUAAUGAAAUAACUUUAAUGAAAAAGUUCUAUUAUCAUUUGAAAUGUGAUCCGCUUCCCUUCCGGCUCCUGAACAUCCUUUUUUCAAAUUUCGGCCAAGGGUCAUUCAGACCGAUAAGCUAAAAUUUAACUGAAAAUAAAAAAUCCGGAUACAACUUUUAAAUAAAUCGUUCUUGUUAAUCAUGAUGAUCGCCUUCAAAAUCUUUCUGUUUUCUAUACUCAUUUCACAAGCAAAAUGUUUUUAGAGUUGUAUUCCAUUUGAAGUUUUCAAAUUUUAAAACUUUGCAGAUGUUUCGUGGUUUUUUUUGCUUUUUUUCUCCCUCUUGUCAUUGGCUGUAUUUAUUUUGCCUCACAAAUGUCUACCCCUUUUUAAUUUUUUAUUUUCGCCAACUUCAAAUUCGGAAGAUUCAAAAACAUCUGAAACCUGUUUUUUUCUUUGCAAACUUAGUGCAGAACACGUUUUUUUAGUUAUUUUGCUUUUUAUAAUUUUUCCGUUUGUUUUUUUCAGUUUAUGACAACAUACGGUUUUCUUAAGUCACAUGAACAAAAAAAUGUUUGAAGGUCGUCAAAUUGUUUUCAUAUCUUCAUUUCAAGCUUUCUAUAUUUGCAGUCUCUCUCCCGAGCUUUUUUUCCAAAAAGCAAGAAAAAUAAAUCUAAAAACAGAUAAAUGUUCGAAAAUCUAAAAAUAGCGUAUCUACGCACUUUUGGAGAGUUCAGAGCAUCAUAAUGUAGUACAGUAAACCAGACAGAAAUCAAAAAAAGUUCUGAUUACUUCAUGAUAUCAUCUCAAUGCAUCACUUUGUCGUUGGUGCUUAUAGGUAGCCUUUUUGUUUUUGGAUAGGCUUUUUAAAGCUGUUCCAUGACUCGAGAGAUUUUUCUUAUCAACUUAAUUUUGCUGUUUAUUCUCAAACUAUGAGGAAAAUGGAAAAUCCUUGUCCAACUUCAUGAAUGAGUGCUGCAUAUUACCUUAAGUUCAUAAAAUUGGCUUCCUAUCAAUUUCUCAGUUUCUGUUGAUAUUCUGUGGAUACAUUGAUACCGGCACGUGAAUGAUCAGUUCUUUUUUCUGGAUUUUACUAAAUUCUAUUUUAAUUUUUAGAAUUUUUACUUUUUUCUUUUUCAUUUGUCCAUAGAAUUCAAUCGUUCAUUUUCUCAAAGAUUUUUUUUCCAAUUUUAUAUUGAACAAAACUGAAAUCAACUAAAAAUUGUUUUUCUUCCAUCUUUUUUUCCUUUUCAUUUUUCAAAGCUUGUGUGAUCUGUGUGACCUUUUCUUUAUGAAAUAGUUGAAUGAAACAUUUUUCUUAGAAAAACGAUUGAUUGAUACUUAAACAAGGAUAAACAGCGUUCGAAGAGCGGGACGAGCGAGGUGCCUGAGCUGACGUGUGUUAGAGAAGCGAGGGCCGCGCAGAGACGCAGGGUGGACCGUCACUUCUCCGUGUCCCUAUAAACCAUCGUUGCGGCUCCUAAGCCUCAACUUCUUGUUUUUCUCGUUUAAUUUUUUUCCUUCUUAUUAUAAGUAUUAAAUAAUUAAGUUACCAUUGCGUUGGUUUGUUCGAUUUCGAACUCCUUCUAAGAAUUCUUGAUUUUUGAACUUUACAGAGAAAGCAACUAGAAAAAGUGUAGCCGCGUCAAAACUUCUCGUCAUGACUUCUUUAUUCCGUCAAGGAGUAAUUUCAACAGCUCUAAGUGAGUUUUUACAACUAUAUUUUUGUUUUUAAUUAUUGCAGAAAAAAACUGAACAUUUACUGAAAAAAACGAAUUUUAUUAAGAUUGUGAGAACAGCUUGAAAUUUGUUCUAAAUAUUAUCCGAUGGUAAAAAAACAAGAAACUUGUGAAAUUCGAAGUGUUUGUCUCCUUUCGAGACAAAUUCGUUAAAAAAAUAAUUUUCAUAGUUUCAUGCGGCUUUUAAAAAAAAUAUUUUCUAGAAGUUUUUUUCGCGUGAAUAUUAAAGUGAGAACUUGAGAUUCUGCAAAAUUUCUUAAGACGUUUAUUUGAACUUUGAAUAUAUUUAAGGUUCAUUAAAUGAAACUUUUUUUUUGAUUGAUCAGCUCAACAAAUUUUUAAGUGAAAUGUUGCUGUUAUUGGAGAACAAAGAUUUUGAUCUUAUGUCUGUGAAAAUCAUUCCAUUAAGACUUCAAAGGUUAUUACAAACUUUUCAGCGCUGUUCACAUCACUUGCAGCCGCGUCAAGCGCCGAAAUCAACAAGCAUCUCGAGUUGGGAAGCAAGUUUCUUGCCAAGGUACUGCAUUUUUUCUUUAUUCCAUCGAGAAUAUUCUGUUAUGUAGGCUCAAUUUGCUGACGCUCUCACUCAAUAUCAUGCCGCCGUUGAACUGGACCCCAACAACUACCAAGCCUUGUUCCGACGGGCAACGACUUAUUUGGCUAUGGGACGUGGAAAGGCUGCUCUGCCGGACUUGGACCGCGUUCUCGAAUUGAAGCCGGAUUUCAGUCAUGUAUGUUUUUUUUUUCCUAUUUUUUCUUUCACAGAAUAACUGCUUUCUUUAGAAGAGAAAAACUUGUUUCAGAUAUAGAAUACUCUAUCUGACGGCUUUUUAAAAGUCCCUAAAAAAAGUUUAAACUUUUUAUAUUUUGACAAGAGAACUUUUUUUAGCCCCCAGGUAAGUUUUUUUGAUAACAAUUUUUUUUGUAUUAGACUUCAAGAUUUCCGCAUUCUGAAACUGGGGACAAAAUUUAUUGCAACAUAUCUUGUAUUUAAUUUGAGAAACUGCAAAGUUUGCAAAAAUAGGCAAAUUAUUGAUAACCGCUUUUCAGGUUUUGAAGUGCCUCAAAAAAACAAUAUCUGUUACAAGAAAUGUUUUUUUGUUUUGGAGGGAUGAAAAAAACGCGCCUUUAGAAAAAAUUGAAUCUUAAUUAUAAAUGUAAAUCACUUAUAACAACUCAGUUAGAACGUAGAUAAUUUUUUUCCCCUCAGAGAAUAGUUAUUAAUUUUUCGAUAAUUUGUGUUUGACUUGAAAAAAUAAAUCAUUAUUUUCCCAUUUUUCAGGCGAGAAUCCAUCGUGGAAACAUCUUGCUCAAACAGGGUGAGCUCGACGGAGCGGAAAACGACUUCAAUGUUGUGGUUAGAAAUUCCCGCAUUUCCGUCAGUAUGAUUUCUCUUUUACAGCUUUCCUCAGAGCCGAACAACGAAGAAAUCAGCGAGAAAGUUGAUCAAAUUGGGCAUUUGCGACAAUUUGCUCAUCAAGUCAAAAUGGCCUACGAUUCAGGCGACUGUUCGACAGCUGAACACUACAUUUCCCAAAUUAUCGAGGUUGAUACAAAUUUGAAAGUUGGUCAGAAGUUUUUAAAUGUUUAGGUGAUGCUCUGGGACGCUUCACUUUACCGUAUGCGAGCCAAAUGUCUCGAAGAACGAGGAGAAAUCAAAAAGGUUUGUUGAAGUUUAUCUGAUGUUUUUGAUGAAAACUUUUGCAGGCGAUUCACGACAUGAGGUCGAUCUCAAAACUCACUUCUGACAGCACCGAUGUGAUGUUUGAAACCAGUCAACUCUUUUACAAAAUCGGUGAAAUCGACGAAUGUCUCACGUAAGUUUAUCUAUUUCUUUAUAAAAAUUUAAUUUUUUUCAUUUCCAGGGUCAUUCGAGAAUGCCUUAAGCUCAACCCGGACCACAAAUUGUGUUAUCCUUUCUACAAGAAGAUUCGCAAGGUUGUCAGAAUGCGAGGUAAUUUUUCUUAUUUUCUGCGAGAAAUUUAAUAUUUUCAGACGGCAUGAAGCAGAAGAUGGCCGAGGAGGACUGGAUCGGAUGCCUACAAAAAGGACAGGAAAUCAUGAAGUUUGACACGACGCCGUCUGUUCAGUUGAACGUGUACAGAUCCACCUGCAAGUGCAACAGAGAGGUGACAAUUUCAGAAAAAAAAUUUCAUGAGUAAAAACCUUCAAAAAUCGCCACCUGCCUGAACUUCUGGCAAAAUUUUUUUUUUCUUUUACACAAUUCACAAAAAUCAUAUGCCGAAAGAAUGUAUUUCCAAUGGUUUUUGACGGUUUUCCCAUUUAAUUUUGGAAGUGUUCGAUUUGUUUGCUUUUUGGAAGCUUUUAACAAUCCAAAGAGCGCCGUCAACGAUUUUUUUCGGAAGAUUUGUUUUUUUUUGUUUAAUGAAUUUUCGCUCGCUUAACUAUCACGAAUCUUUAAUAUUUCUCACCAUUCGGAUCAAAUGAUCAAAUCUUUCAUUACAGGCAGAUCACAUAGCUGAAGCUAUUACCGAGUGCUCUGAAGUCCUCAAAGAGGAUCCAACCGACGUCGAAAUGCUCUGCGAACGUGCCGAAGCGCAUCUUAUCGCAGAAGACUACGAUGCGGGUACUUUAUUCACGUGGAAUGCUGAUCUCAGUCUUACGUAUUGCAGCUAUAAACGACUUCAAAGCCGGCCAAGAGAUCAAUCCUGAUCACAGCUGUGUGAAAGACGGCGUCGACCGAGCCAACAAACUCAAAACUCAGGCCUCCAAGAGGGAUUAUUACAAGAUCCUUGGUGUCAAGAGGUUCGUUUUCAUUUGCGACUUCGUGACAAAACUUAUUUUCAGAAACGCAAGCAAGCGCGAAAUCACAAAGGCAUACAGAAAACUUGCCCAAAAAUGGCAUCCGGAUAACUUCAGCGAUGAGGUCGAGAAGAAAAAGGCGGAGAAGAAAUUCAUUGACAUUGCCGCGGCCAAAGAAGUCCUUCAGGAUGAUGGUUCUUUUUUUAUUUUUAUCAUAAAUGUAUUUAAACUUUUGAUUUUCCAGUCUACAACUGCUUCAUAAAAUUUACCCUUUUAGAAAAACGACGCCAAUUCGACCAAGGAAUCGAUCCUCUGGACCCCGAAUCUCAACGUCAAGGAGGUCAUGGCGGGUAAGUAUCUUCAAAUAGUUACAUUCAAAUAAAAUGAACCGAAAUUAUACUGCAUAUACUAUUAUACUGCAGACAAAGAAAAAAAAAUGCUUGAUUAUAGUUUGAGAUGAUUAAAAAUGUGAAUAGCCGAAAUUGCGACUAACAAAAAACCUCCGGACAAUUUGUAUUAUAUGAUUUUUUUUUAAACUUCAUACUUUUCAUUAUAAUGUUCUUCUUGGGAGAGGUUCCAAAACUGCUAGAGUUUCGUCAGACUCAGCUGUUCUGAUUGUUUUUUCUUCACAAUGAUUUCCGAUGACUGUUUCUCAUGAGUCAUCGAAAACUGGUUUACAGAUUCCACCACGGCUUCCCUCACGGUUUCCAUCAUUUUGGCGGCGGCGGCGGCGGAGGUGGCGAAUACACUUACAAGUUCCACUUCUAA